AUGGCCGCGUCCACCCUGUCCGUGUGCUCCAGCGCCCAGAGCUACGAGCGGCUCUGCCUGCCCGGUUCCUGCACCGGCUCCUGCUGGCAGGUGGACGACUGCCCAGAGAGAUGCUGCGAUCUCCCCUGCCGCGCCCCCAGCGGCUGUGCCCCGGCCCCCUGCCUGACCCUCGUCUGCGCCCCAGUGAGCUGCGUGUCCAGCCCCUGCUGCCAACCAGCCUGCACCGGCCCCUGCACGGCCUCGUGCCGCCAGCAGUCUAGCUGCCAGCCCCGCUGCACCUGCUCCCCCUGCCAGCAGGCCUGCUGUGUGCCCAUCUGCUGCACACCUGUCUGCUGCACACCUGCGUGCUGCGAGCUCGUGUGCUGUGAGGCCGCCCCCUGCUCAGCCCCCUCGUGCUGCCAGCCCACCCCCUGCCCCUCGUCCUGCCGCAGACCCUCCUCCUCCGUGUCCCUGCUCUGCCGCCCCACCUGCUGCCCCGCCUGCUGCGUCCCCGCCUCGGGCACGUCCUGCUGCUGA